CUCUCCACCCACAGCUAUUCCAGCUGGAUGCCACACUUCGGGAAACUGUUCUGCUCUACUCUCCUGAAUAGAUAUGGACAUGGAUAUAAAAAUUGAGUUUUUUGGCUUUGGGCUGGCCUGUGCAGGCUGGUUUUGCGCUAUCCUCACAAGAUUUCUGCCCAUGUGGAACGUAAGUGGAACGGUAGACAACAUCACAACAACACUUCCAUUGUACUGGGAUGGAGUGUGGCUAAACUGGCAACACCACACGACUGGCAGCCUGCACUGCACCUUCUAUCAGUCUCUCCUGCCUCUAACUGAGCAUUUCACCGCCUGGAAAAUCCUCCUCAUUGCGUCUAUAGGAACGGGAUUCAUUGCAAUGGCAGUUUACCCUGUAGGGUGGAUAAGAUAUCCAAAGAAUGUACGGUUUAAAACAGCUUCCGGGCCGACGUUUGUAAUUGGAGGGCUGCUGUUACUGGUGGUGGUCUCCUGGGCUACUCAUUUAACAGAGGGGGAUUUGGACAUUGGUGUCUCCCUGACACGGCAGUGGGGAGCAGCGAUCUUCAUUGGCUGGGUGGGCACGGUGCUGCUUGUGGUGGGUGGUGGAGUGCUGAGCAUUAUUUGCUUUAAAGAAGUGCGGAAGCGAAGAGAGGAAAGGAGACUAGCAACUUUAGAGCUCGGGGUACAGGAUCCACUUCGCACCAUAAACAGUUCUGCUUUCAUACAAACCCCCCUUACCAGAUGAAUGGAUUCAUUUCAUGUAGUUUGACAAUGAAUGUCAGAAUGUUGUUGCUGGUAUUCAAGGAAUUGUCGAGACAUUUUAUGGCGUCUAUAUUCAAAGAACAAGGAUUGGUCAUGUUGAAUUUUUCUCAUUUAGGGCUACGGUUAACAGUUGCUAUUUUGAUAUAAAGCGUGCUUAACGAUUACCUUAUAUUUAGUGAUAGACCAAAAUAUUGGCCAGACCAAUUAGUCGACUGGUAUUUGGCCAUUUUGAGAUUAUAGGCAUUAGCUGAAUGGUCAAUUACAAGUAGUCAGUUUGUUGGUUCCAAAAUGAUGACCUUGUUAAUGCAUAGUGCAAUUAAAAAUAUAUAUAUUUUCAAAAAAUGUUAAAUGAGUAAAUAUUGUGUAAAUAAGUUUAUUUAAAGUUAUUAAAUAAUAAUUAUAUAUAUACACGCUUUAUUAUAAUUAUAUAUAUAUAUAUAUAUAUAUAUAUAUAUAUAUAUAUAUAUAUAUAUAUAUAUAUAU